AUGGUCUCAAUUCUCGCCCACGAGCUCGAAGAGGCCACCUCUGACCCGUACCUGGGCACGUGGACCGAUGCCAGUGGCAUGGAGAACGCUGAUGUCUGCGCCUUGAGCUAUGGCACAGUGGAAACAAUAGCUGUUGGAGCGGAGUACAACCUGGUGGGGCUGGAUGGGAUGAAUUUCCUUGUGCAGCAGAACUACCACCCGACUUUAAAGACCUGCCUGGUUACCACCACAGUGUAG